AUGGAGUGGAGUGAACAGUACGCACAAUCAAUGGCCAAUAUUAAACCCGAGAAUUUCGAUAUGGGAUCAGUAAUUAAACAAGAGAACUUCGAUAUGGCUGUUGUUUCUCAAAAUGAUGUAAUGGUCUCCAUGUCAAGCGAUGGGGGUACGACAAUUCUUUCUUCAGGAGAAAUGAGUAACGGGAUUGUACAAGUUCCGUCAAGUGAUGGACUUAUGGGAUCUCCAUCGGCGAAAGAAAUUGAACGUUUCAAUAAUCUUUCCGAGGAGGAACUAAAAAACAAAUCCCUUCCUGAUCACCUAAAAGAAGGACUUGAUAUUGUUAUAGUGGGGAUUAACCCUAGCUUGGCCUCAGCACACGUUGGACACCAUUAUGCUGGUCCUGGAAAUCAUUUCUGGACAUGUUUAUCACAAGCUGGUUUGGUUCCAAUGGCUGUCAGUUGCUAUGAUGAUUCUAAAAUGUUGGAUUACGGUAUCGGAUUCACUAAUGUUUGUACAAGACCAACCAAAGGUGCAGCUGAACUUACACGUAAGGAGAUGAAGGCUGGUGCAGCAAUCAUGCUUGAAAAAAUGAGAAAAUACAAGCCAAAAAUUGCCGUGUUCAAUGGUAAAGGCAUUUAUGAAGCAUAUGUUGGACAUAAAAAUUUUUGCAUGGGAAGGCAACCUACAACUUUGGAUGGUACAGAUAUAGUCAUCUUUGUGAUGCCUUCGUCUAGUGCACGAUGCGCACAACUUCCGCGUGCUGAAGAUAAACUUCCAUUCUUUUUAGCUUUAAGAAAACUACGUGAUUAUGUACGUGGUGAUUUAGCUGAAUUACCUGAUUCUGAAGUAGUGUUCGCUGAUUAUACCGAAUUUCGUGUCACUCAACCAGAUCCAAAAAGUUUACGUAAAGCUGAACGACGUCGUAAACGAAAAGCUGAAGCGGCAGCAGCGGCCGCUGCUGCAGCUCUUGCUGUAAAUUCUGGUGAUGGAACUUUAGUGAAUGGAAUUGUUUCAAGUCAGGUUAUGCCUAAUGAUAGCGCUAAUGUUACAGCAGUUUCUCAAGCUUCAAAUGGUGUAUCCGUUGAUGGUAAAGUAAAAUCCAAAGCAAAACCUAAACGUAAAAAGUCAUCCAAUAAUAUUAAUAAUUCAACGGAACAAUCAUUACAACAAACUACAUCCAUACAACAAAUUAUGAAUGUAACCGGUAUUACUACAAAUAAUACAACUGGUAUAACAUUUACAAAUUGUACAACUGAUUUACAAUUACAACAUCAACAACAUGUCUUACAGCAACAAGUCCUACAACAACAACAACAACAACAAACAUUUCUUCUGCAACAACAACAACACCAGCAGCAGCAGCAACAACAACAAUUCCAACAACAGUUCAGUCAACAAUCUGUUCAACAACAGCAACAACAACAAAUUUUACAACAGCCACAACCACAACAUCAAAUGAUUGUUAGUGCUGGUGGUCAUUUUAUGUCUACUACACCAAUGGUCACUUUGUCAACAAUGGCAGCAGCAGCGGCGGCGGCUGCCGCUGGUGGAACAGCUACAGCUAUACCUGUUCAUCCUGGUGGUACUCAAACAGCUGUAGCAUCGGGUUGUUAUGCUGCUGGUACGCCACAAUUCCAAUUUUCUAAUAAUCAUCCAACUGGUACAGCACAACAAUUUUUUAUUAGUCCACAAGCUUCAAAUUUAUCUGCAGGUAAUGGUGGUAAUACUGGUAGUGGUGGUCAAACACUUUUGCAAUGGUCUACAACUCCAUGCACUCAAGGUGUUCCAACAACUGUUCAAUUUCAACAGCCCAAUCAACAUCAACAACAGGGAAUUGCUGGAACUUGGCCAAAUGUUUCUACAAUUUAUCAUCAACCACAACCACAACAAAUUGGUACAGCUAUCCAGUCACCUUCAGGAGGAGCUGGUACUCCGACAGCUGGACAUACACAGCAGCAACAACAACAAAUGUUCACACAACAACCAGGAGCUAUGCAACAAGCUUCAAUUCAAAUGGCUCACCAAGCACAACAGCAAUUAUUAUUUACAUCACAACAUCCAGUUGGAUUACAAGCAGCCGCUACUGGCGGUGCUCCACAAGCAGCUUAUCCACAACAAGUGUAUUUGGCACAGGCCCCUGCUGGUGCUAACGGUGCAGGAACAUCAUAUCAUCUACUUCCUGUUGGUUGUCCUGCUUCGAAUUUCACAAGUUUAUUAUUAUCCGACCAACAACAACACCAGCAACAACAAGCAUUAACACAAUGCUCUACAGCAGCAACGACUGGAUUACAUCUUCAACGAGGACAACCUACUGUUCAAAUUCAAACACAACAACAAGCGUAUCAGCAAACUCAACAGUUUCAACAACAUCAACAAAUUCAAGCUCAAACGCAUCAAUUACAAUCAACACAACAACAAGGUACUAUAAUGUCUACUGAUAAUAUUACUGGUCAAACUACUGGUCCCAUUGGAUAUUCUAAUAAUAAUACUCCACAAUUUAUUACAUUAGCACCAGGUGCUCCAUUAAAAGUUAUGGCUGUUGGUCCAAAUGGUCAACUUAUUCAAACUACUGGUUUACCACAGUUUAUGCCAACUGGACCAGUUGGUAUGACUAUAAAUCACCAACCUACAGCAUUACAAUCAAAUCAGACAUCGAUUACAGUGACUCCUCAACGUCGUGUUGCCACACCUCAACAACAACAACAACAACAGCAGCAGCAGCAACAACAACAGACAAAUGGACGUAUAGUAUCGACUGCUUCAACAGUAGCAGGAUUUUUCUCUGGGACAGCUAUUUCAUCCGGUACAAUUCCACUUGUACAACCAGCCGCUGGUAUAGUGGAAGAUCUAGUACAGACUACAAAUAAUACUAGUUUGAAUACUGCAUUAAGUACAGGAGAUGAGAAAUUAGUUUACACAGCUUUAUAA